AUGAUAAAAACUGUAAAUACUGACAUAAUAUUCAGUUUUAUCAAUAAACCAACGUUUUUCUGCCCUGUUUUACUACAAAGUUUAUUACAAAUGAAAAACAAGGAGACAAUAAAUCAAUUGACGGAUGAAAUAUCUGAAUACUCGUUUGACGAAACAUCAAGUGAAAGUUCCGAAGGGGGAAGACGAUUCUUAAAAAAUCCAGAAAAACGAGUCCGUAAAAGUGUUGUUCGAAAACAAUCUCCAGCUACAACUGAAGAUGAAAGAACUGAAGAUUUAUUGACUCCGUUUUGUGCAGAUAAAACGUCACUGAAUUAUAAUAAAUAUUCAACACAGAAAAUAUCCAGUGGCAGACCAACCAAUUCAGAGGUUGAGAAGCAUUUAGUCAAUAGUAAUGUUGAGAAGGAAUUGUCAGUGGUACAAAAAUAUGACGAAAACGAUUUAAAUAGGAUUUCAGUUUUGUCUUUCAAUGAUAAAGAUUCAUUAGUUGAUGCCAGUAUAGCUCCUUUAGAAGGUGUACGGACUGAAAGCAGAGCAAGCACAAUCAGUGAUCACUUAAUAUUAUUUGUUGAUGAAUUAAUGAAUGAGAGCAUUAUAGAUUGUGGAAGUUAUCGCUCAACAAGUCGGUUUGACAAAUCAUGCAAUGAAAAAUCAUUGAUGGACGUUGAAGAAGUGAUUGAAUGUGAAAACUCAUGUUCAAGUAGAAUAACGGCGGAUUCAUCGAAUAAAAAGACUCCAUUAGAGAUAUUUCAUCAAGUGGACAGUGAUAGAAAUACAAAUGAAGCUGAUGAAUAUUCAGAUGAUUUUGAAGACGAACAUGAUCCAGUUAGUUCAAUUGAAGAAAAUAUGAAAUACAGUUUCUCUGCAACACAGAAAUCAUCAUUACGUGGAGAAACAAACAAGGCUGAUCAUUCAAAUAAUUCAAAAGUUCAUAAUUCAGUAUCUACGAGUUCCUACGGACAUUUGAAUAAAACGGAUUUACGUGAAACAGCUUCAAGCAAAAAAAUGUCUAAAGACUCUGCCAAAACUCCUCAAAAAUAUGAUGCUAAAGUUCAAACAGUAUGGUCUGGUGAUUUUCCACAAUACUAUAAUGUUCCGCACGUAUUCCCAGUGAUAAAACAUGAAACUCUUCCCAAUCCUAUGAAUGAUACUCCUCUUAAAAUGCAAAGUAUAACGUCAUCGUUUAUAAAUUAUAAAACAUUACACACUUUGACGACUUAUAAUCCUUGUUUAACUGCACUGGAUAAUAUGUUAAAACAACAAAUAAAUCUUACAAGAGAAUUCCUAACAACACAAAGAAAUUUACAUGAAACAAUUAGUAAAGCGAUAAACUACUGUGUUGUAACAAACAAUUAUAAUCAAACAGAAAGAAUUAUGCAAACUACAUUUAAGAGAAUAUAG